CUCUAUUUCUGAUCUGACGGCCCACGAAGACCUUCUCCCCUCUUUUUCUUCUCUUCACAGAAGCGUCAAAGCAGAAAGGCGAAGGGGGGCCAAACGCCAAUCAAAACCACAAAAAAAAAAAAAAAAAGUUCUUCGCUUUUCUUUUCUUCUGGUCUGUGUGUGAAGUUUGGACAAUCGAAAAUUCAAUUCAAUUCUUCGAGAGCUGAAGUAAAAAGGGGCGUAAUCAAUCGAUCCCCUUUUUCGCGAUACAAGCGAAUCCCACUUCUCAACCUUCUCUGUUCUCUCCGCUUACUCGCUUUGCUUACUGCGUAAGAUUUUGGAAUCCAUUGUUAAAGGUCCAGAAAUUGGGUCAUCCUCUUGGUUAGAAGAAAAUAGUUAUGGCGGAUGUGUUAAGUAAGUCGCAUCUGAUCUCUUCAUCCUGGCCUCUUUCGUACUCUUCUUCUUCCUCCUCGUCUUCGUCGCCAAGCAGUUACGACAGCCACCGCUACGGCCGGAUCUGUGUCGUUGGAAAGAGUCGGAGCAGGGUUAAUGGGUUUUCUUUGAAAGCGAAAACUCAGGCCGUUAGAUCACAGGCAGCUCCGUGUGGUGGUGUCGUUAGUAGUGGGUUUCAUGGGAAGAAGCUUCUUGUUCAAGGGAAUGAAGGCAGAGGCGCCAGAAGAGGGCAUCUUCGUCGAGCUUCGAUUAGGGCUCAGAGUGGUCGAAUUGGGAACAUCCAAAAAUGGUGGGAGAAGGGGUUGCAAUCCAACAUGAAGGAGAUAACUUCUGCUCAAGACCUUGUAGACUCUCUCAUGAAUGCUGGAGACAAGCUGGUUGUUGUCGAUUUUUUCUCGCCCGGCUGUGGUGGCUGCAAGGCUCUCCAUCCCAAGAUUUGUCAAAUAGCAGAGCUGAAUCCAGAUGUACAGUUUCUUCAUGUCAAUUUUGAGGAGCAUAAGUCCAUGUGUUAUAGUCUCAACGUUCAUGUUUUGCCUUUCUUCCGCUUCUACCGUGGAGCGCAGGGUCGGCUAUGCAGCUUUAGCUGCACCAAUGCCACGAUCAAGAAAUUUAGAGAUGCACUGGCAAAGCAUAGUCCGGAUCGGUGCAGCCUUGGUCCAGUUAAAGGGUUAGAGGAGAAAGAGCUGGUUGCCCUAGCUUCUAACAGAGAUCUCAACUUCACAUACACACCGAAGAAGGAUCAUACAAAGCCUGCUCUCCUUGAACAGGAGAAGGAGAUUCCUGGUAUGUCACCUUUCUCUCCCUCGAAUCGGCCAAGUUCACCUCACAUGGUUCCUAUAGCAAGCGCCCCAUCUCCGAAAGAGCUGGAGGAGAAAGCUCUGGUGCCAUCAGGGAGAUGAUGAUGCAGGCAAUCAAGGGGAUCAAACUUUGAACCUCCCUCACCCUUCUGUACAGUUCCUUUUAUGUUCUCUAUAUAAUGGUGUCUAUCCACGUAUAAGUUCAUAUCAUGUAAUUUGUGGAUUGUAUGUCCCUCCUUGUAAUAGUCAACAGAUCUUUGUAGGUUAGUAUGUAUAUCUAAGUCACCAAUGGAGGAAGAAGAGUUGAUGAAGCAGGCGAAUUGGAUUAUGUGUUAUUUGAAUCGGGUCCUUUAUAGCCUGCUUGGUAGGUGGCAUGUUGUUAUUGUAAAAGCAGGAAAAGAAAAAAGAAAAAAAAUUCCUUUGGCCCCCCAAUGCUUUUUCCAAAGGAGGUAAUUAAGCUGAGCGUUUCGUUGUAAUGUGGCUUGGGUUGCAGUCAUUUGGUUGCUUGUACCACAAUGAGAGAAGUUUGAAUGCAACAUAUAAUAUAUGUAUCCAUUUCCAUGUUGAGUAUGUGAGCUGUGGAUCUAAUAUCUUCAUUUUGUGAAAUGAAAGUGCCCAAGUGAGGGAAAUCAUAUGGUUUCUCACAGUACCUGUUAUAUCUUCUGUCUGCAUGCAGAGAAGGGA